UACAGUUCUUGUCCUUUGUUCCCGUGCACGUACUAAGCUUGGUCUGUACUGUUUCGAGGGAUGGCAAAAUCUUGCUUAGAACACCACCUCAGCACUACGUAUGCCGGCAGUUACACUGACCCAGGACGCGACCCCAAGCAUGCAGCUGACGUUCCCUAGCAGUUCGCAAGCGGAGUCAGUUCAAUUGCCUGCAACGCAGACUUUUAGUACAUCAUGCUCAGCAGAUCUCCCGCCCAGUGUCGGAUCCCGAGAAGUUAGGACUAUCCCCAAACCGCAGCCUAAGCGCCGACUCAAGCCUGAGGGAUCUUCACUGUCCGAGCACAUCAAAAACCGCGACUUACAAUGGUUUAAGGCGCAACAGCCACCAGCUGCUCAACCUGGUACGCUUGUAUUAUUGAAUAAUGUAGUAGUAGCCCCUACUGCAGAGAAGUCAAAGCCAUCUCGCGUGCCAGGAAGGAUAUAUCCAAGACCGCCACCCAGCGAACUAAUGACAACGAACCAGCCUACAGCUGCGGGAACCAUUCAUCGAUCGAAUGGCCUACAACCAGACAAUACGCCUCGAGACUCAGACAUACAUCCCUCGGCUCCAACGAAACCACCCGCGACACCUUCGGACUAUGUGGGAGUCAAAAAAGGCGAUUUUCCGUCGUGUCUAGGGGAUAUGGCUGUGAUGAUAUAUCGGAGAGGACUUGAAUCAGCUCGCAACACCAUUAACAUCACUUUCAAUCUCGAUGAUUUACAUUAUUCCUACAUUGCUCGGUGGGCGAAGUCGAAGCGUACUAAGUCCUCACUAACGUCAGAUUUGGAACAAAGUGUUUGUGUGUCGUUCGCUUGCUAUCACCUCCCUAGUCUCCCAUCCAAUCCACUAGAAGGUGAUGGACUUACGCCACGCAUUGAGAUACUGAUGCGUUCGCCAUGCUCGUGGCCCACAUCUGGGGACCUUUCACUGCAGACGAAGCGGGACGGGAAGGAUUUUAUCAUUCCACUAGCUCCACCGAUUUUCGUUACUCCAGAUAAUUGCAUCGAUAUCUCUGCUUUCAUCAGAAGUGGAGAAAAUACCUUUUCAGUGGUCCAACAGAGCGACAUGUCAGACUAUUUGUUUAUGUUCCUCGUCCACUAUCCCACGCCGGAGCAACUUAGCUAUCUUGCUUCGUGCAGAGGUAGACGUGAGGAGUGGGCGAAGAGCAUACGUGAUCUUUGCAAGCUUGAGCUGAGGGAACCGUAACUUAUGGAGGCGAUCGCCGUCAGAAGUUAUAUAAUCUCGCCAUAUCAGUUAACACAUUAUACCUAAGUCGAGCUUGUACUUCACUCUUGAGUACGACCUGAGUUUUAUUAGAUAACGCCAUGGACUCGAUGACGAGUUGAUUUUGCCGGCUC